CCGGCCUUUUCACGAGGCCGCGCAGCGACCAGCACUGCCCUGGCCGGCCGGCUUUGCGCCCGUCAGACUGCAGCGCACAGCUGCUCGCACCGCCGCUCGCACCGCCGCUCGCACACUGCGGUGUAAGACGCGAGGCGCGGCAGGCUAUAUUUGGCGCGCCCUGUGGCGCAGGCGUCCGUCGCGAGUCGCGCGUCGCCCGUGGGCCACCGUCAGCGUCACCGUCCCCAGCAUCACCACCUCAGCGACCUCCGCCCGCAGACAUGGCCGCAGCCCACGCCGUGCUGCAACAGGCCGCGGCCGACGGCUCGCUGGACAGCGCUGAGUGGCCGCAGACGCUGCAGUACGUCCUGGCCCGCCUCGACGACAUCAUCCACGAGUUCCCCAAGCCGCCCGCCGACGCCGGCCCCGACGCUGCCCCCGACGCCCAUGUCUCUGCCUCUGCCUCUGCCUCUGCCGCGCCCGCCGCCCAGCAGCCCGCCCACAACGACGACGCGCCGCCCACAACCCCCCCGCGCCCGCCGCCAGUGCCCGUCUUCGCCGCCCCCGCCGCCAGCGCCAGCGCCAUCCCGCCCGCGACCACCACCUUCUACGCCGCCAUCCGCGCUGCCCUCGUCCGCAACUUCGCCACCCACCCGCCGCACACCAUCCAGCGCCUGGCCGAGCUCGUGCUCGAGCCCAAGCGCCGCUACAAGUACCUGUCGCCCUACCUGCGCGCCCUCGACCGCGUCGUGUCCGUGUCGUCGCCGCUCACCGUCUUCCCGCUGCCGCAGGCCGUGCUGCCCAGCGCCGGCGGCCUGCUGAACGGCACCACAUCCGUGCCGACCGCCCAGACCCCGACCCUCGGCUCCGACGAAUCGCUCGGGGGGGCCCUGCUCACCCCCAUCCCGUGGCUGCACAGUCGCGGCCAGAAUGAGCUGAUCUCAGAGAGCACAGAGAUGGUCGACGGGCCGAACGGCGCAGGGCGCAUCGAAACCGUCACCGUGGGCAUGCUCACUGGCCAGGCCGCCCGCCAGGAAACCGCUGCCUCGCCCCCAGUGUCGCAGAUUGCCUCGUCCCACCCCGACGGUGAAACGCUGCCGUCAACCGGGCCUGUGACCCAGGGCGAACUGCUGCGCCAGGAACAGCAGGCUGGCAUCGUGCUCAACAACCCCCAUUCCCUGACCACGAGCCCCACACGGACAACCUUCGGCGAAAUUGAGGGCGGGGGCACUGUCGUUGAAACAGUCGAGGCAGAAGAUGAGGCCCCACAUGCCAGAGGCCCUGAGCGGAUCGGCAUGGAAGAUACCGGCCCCCAAAAACAAGGCGCGUCACUCGACAUUGAAGGAGCAGUUGGACGCCCUAGCCUCGAGCACUCAAGCCGAAGUCCCGGCCCAGCAGCCCCUGAUGCACCCGCCGACGAGAACAUGGAAGACAGCGCCGAGAAGAACGAGGACGACCAGGCUGCCGAAGAGCAGCUCAAGACCGAGGUCGCCGAGAAGGAGAGGACCGAUGCCCACGAUGUAGAAAUGAAGUGAGAGGGCGACUGCUCGCGUUUUCGCAGUGCCACAUGGCCUUGCAUCAACCAGCGCAGCGUUACGCUCGGAGCUGAACGCUGUAACGUGCAGCUGAAUCCAGCACGACGGUAGGCAGCAGGUUGCAGUGCAUCGCGCACACAGGUGCGCGCCAAAGCGGGCGCACAAAACAAUGCGAGGCUGGCGCUGGUGUACGUAGACAUGCAAAGGCUCACAUUUACGUGCGCGCAAUCCCUCCAUGCAUCAUUCCACUCGUGCAGAAUCCCAUGCGUGACACCUUUCCGGAACGACAUCCGCCAAUAACAACGCAGUCUCGACUUCCCCUUUAGACUAGCAAAUUCUUACCAGCAUUACCAGCUUCCUGAUUGCGCUGACCUCA